AUGAAAUGGAGACUGGGUGAGACAAGUGGUCAAGUAGUUGCCGGUGGAAAUAAACGAGGAAGAGGAAUUCAUCAGUUGUCUGACCCAUUCGAUGUGAUUGUCGACAACGGCACUGAUAGUCUCAUAAUCUGUGAUGGUUCGAAUCAAAGAGUCGUUCGAUGGCCUCGUCGAAAUGGUACAAGUGGAGAAACGAUCAUUUCCAAUGUCCAUUGUCGGAGUUUGACGAUGGAUGAGAAUGGCUCUCUGUACGUCACUGCCGCAGGAGAUGAUAAAGUAAGACGAUAUCGAAGAGGAGAAUUUCAAGAAACAGUAGUAGCAGGUGACAAUGGAAGUGGAGAUCGUCUUGAUCAACUCUCUUCCACAGAAUAUGUAUUUGUCGAUCAACAUCAUUCAGUGUACGUUUCUGAAUGGCAAAAUGAUCGUGUGAUGAAAUGGAAAGAAGGUGCAAAACAAGGCACUGUCGUGGCUGGUGGUCAUGGACGAGGAAAUAGUCUCGAACAACUGGCAUGUCCUCGAGGAGUGGUUGUUGAUCAAUUGGGCACUGUCUACGUAGCUGAUGCAGGGAAUGCCCGAAUCAUGCGAUGGUCCGAAGGAGCCACACAGGGAAAUGUUAUUAUUGGUGGAAAUGGAAUAGGAAAACGAUCAAAUCAACUCCAUGGACCCGUCGGUUUAUCAUUCGAUCGAUACGGUAAUCUGUAUGUCGUCGAUAAUGGCAACCACCGAGUACAAAAAUUCAAUCUGAAAUACAACGGCUGA